AUGAGUUCCUUCCAGGGACAGAUGGCUGAGUACCCAAACAUCUCCAUAGAUCGCUUCGACAGGGAGAAUUUGAGGGCCCGCGCCUAUUUCCUGUCGCACUGCCACAAGGAUCACAUGAAAGGGUUAAGAGCCCCUGCCCUGAAAAGAAGGUUGGAGUGCAGCUUGAAGGUUUACUUAUACUGUUCACCUGUUACUAAAGAAUUAUUGUUAACUAGCCCAAAAUACAGGUUUUGGGAGAAAAGAAUUAUAUCAAUUGAAAUUGAAACUCCUACCCAGAUAUCUUUAAUUGAUGAAGCAUCUGGCGAGAAGGAAGAGAUUGUUGUGACUCUCUUACCAGCUGGUCAUUGCCCAGGAUCAGUUAUGUUUUUAUUUCAGGGUGAUAAUGGAACGGUCUUGUACACAGGAGACUUCAGAUUGGCCAAAGGAGAAGCUGCCAGAAUGGAGCUUCUGCAUUGUGGGGGCAGGGUGAAAGACAUCCAAAGUGUGUACUUAGAUACUACUUUCUGCGAUCCCAAAUUUUAUCAAAUUCCUAGUCGAGGAGAGUGUCUGAGCGGAAUUUCGGAGCUGGUUCGGAGCUGGGUCACUCGGAGUCCAUACCAUGUCGUGUGGCUGAACUGCAAAGCAGCGUAUGGGUAUGAGUAUCUGUUCACCAACCUCAGUGAGGAAUUUGGACUCCAGGUUCAUGUGGAUAAAUUAGACAUGUUUCGAAACAUGCCUGACAUUCUUCAUCAUCUUACCACAGACCGCAACACUCAGAUCCAUGCUUGUCGCCAUCCAAAGGCAGAGGAAUAUUUUCAAUGGAAUAAGUUACCCUGUGGAAUUACUUCCAAAAAUAGAAUCCCACUCCACACAAUCAGCAUUAAGCCAUCCACAAUGUGGUUUGGAGAAAGAACCAGAAAAACAAAUGUAAUUGUGAGGACUGGAGAGAGUUCAUACAGAGCUUGUUUUUCUUUUCACUCCUCCUACAGUGAGAUUGAAGAUUUCUUAAGCUACAUCUGCCCUGUGAAUGCAUAUCCAAAUGUAAUCCCAUUGGGCACAACUGUGGAUAAGGUUAUAGAAAUCUUAAAGCCUUUAUGCCGAUCUUCCCAAAGCACUGAGCCAAAGUACAAACCACUUGGAAAACUGAAGAGAGCUAGAACAACUCACCUAGACUCUGAGGAAGAGGAGGAAAAUGACCUCUUUGAUGAUCUUCUGCCCGUACCUUUAAGGCACAAAGUUCCAAACCAACAAACUUGUCACCCUGAGGUACUUCCAAUGACUGUAGUAUCACAAAACCAGCCUGAAAAUCUGAGACAAAGCGCAGGAUGCAUCAAAGCAAAGAGCGUGAAAACCUCUCUGUGGGCAAACUUUAUAGACUGUGAAGAAUCCAACAGUGACAGUGAAGAAGAAUUACAAAUCCCAGCCUCAUGUCAAGGAGAUCAGAGCCCUCCACACCAGCAAAAGACUGACGUGCAAGUUCCACAGUGGGACGUAUUCUUUAAAAAAAGUGACGACGACACAGACUGCGGUUUGGAAAACUUCCCUUCCUCCACAGAGGCGGGGGGUUCUCAGUCACCAAAGCUUUUCAGUGACUCUGAUGGCGAGUCAACUCACAUCUCUUCUCAGAAUUCCUCUCAGUCUACACACAUCUCAGAACAAGGAAGCCAAGGCUGGGGCAGCCAGUCUGACACUGUUUUGUUAUCUUCCCAAGAGAGAAAUGGGGGGGAUAUUACUUUCUUGAACAAAGGUAGCUGCAGACCAAGAGUCAAAGAGAAUCUUCCUGCCUCUCAGAUGGAACAAAAUGUUCUUUGCCCAAAGGACACUUACUCUGAAGAUGUAAAUGUAGUUUUUAGUGCUGGAGAACCAACCACUGUAAGCAGUGGGAAACACAUACCUCAGGAAAGAAAGGUGCUAACUCUUAGCACCAAUCCAGAUUCACAGAGCUCCUCUGAUUUUGAAAUUCCCUCAACUCCAGAAGCUGAGCUACCUAAACAAGAGCAUUUACAGUAUUUAUAUGAGAAACUGGCAACAGGUGAAAACAUAGUUCUUGAAAAAAGAAAAAGCUCACUCUUAGAUACUUAA